GAACAGAACUGAAUACACACAUAUAGUAAGAAAUUCACAGCCUAUAAGAAACAGCACAUACAAAAAUGAAAAAAUCAAAGCAACAUUCUUUCCAAAGACCAGGUUGUGAUAAUGAAGUACAUUUGUUUUAGCCAUGCAAACAUGUUGGACUAUUUAGAACCACUUAGGGCUCCACAGCGAUUACGUUUAGAAGUCAGUUCCUGCAGGUUGUGUGCACAGUGACAAGGCCCAGAGCCAGCUGAUAAAAUGGAGACUUCCUAUCCCACUCAGGACAAGUUCUCGGGUCAUUUGGGUGAACAAGGAGCGUGUGAAACAAAGUCACCGUGGAGAGCAAAAAGACCUGUGUUUCCCUGCAAGGUGUGUCGGUGCACCACACCUGUACAGGCAUGAGGAGGCGGAGCGGAUUACUCAGAACAGGGUGACGUAAUCCUCGACAUGUUUCACAGAGAGCGGCGAGAGAGAGAAACUCUGCAGACUGAAUGGAAACCACAAAGAGACGAAGGAGGAUUUAGAGACUUUUGAAGGAACUAAAUAUGAACCCAGAACCUGGAGCCACGGACGCGGAUUCCUCUGGGGCGACGCCCGUAGGUGUGGAGCCCGUCCAGGGUUGGGACCAUCCGAUCCAGGACCCGGGUCUGGAGCCAGGUCAGGUCUGGGCCCCCAGAGGGAGGCAUCUGAUCUCCGGUCUGCUGGGUCUGAACGUGGUGCUGCUGGGCACGGCCCUGGUGGCCGGCCAGGCCUUCAACCCCGAGGCCCUGAGGCACCAGGAGUCCCAGGUCUUCCUGCUGCUGCUGAUGGGGGUCAGCUUGAUCUGGAUGCUGUGGUACCUGCUGUGGGCCCGGAAACAGGCCGGCAUCAGCCCGCACAAAGACCACCACGCCGGGGGGAUGGUGGUGACGGUGGCCCUGAUGCUGUUCGCCGCCUUCAGCCUGCUGCUGUGCGUCUUCAGGGGGGGCUACCUGAUCAGCACCAGGGGGUGUAAGCCCACUGCUACGGUGCUCUCUCCCUUCAUCGAGGCGCCUUUCCUCGGGCUGCAGUCGUUCUUGCUGUGGUUUCACUCCAAAGACUGCAUCCACAGACACAAGAUCAUCACCAGGUCCGGCUUGAUGCUGAUCCUCUCCGCUGACCUGCUGCUGUGGCUCAACGCCGUGACGGAGGACUCCAUCCACCAGGAGAUCGAGUUGGAGAAACAAGACGGGCUUAGUUUCAGCAACACAACCUCCUCUGAAGCAGAAAACUCGGAUGUAGAAGGGGUCCUGAACUCGACGCUCUGUCCUUGCGCCGCGAGCUCAGCCUGCUACGCCUUCCGGAAGGGCAUCGAGAUCCUCUACCCCUUCAACAUGGAGUUCUACCUGAUGGCCGCCUGCGUUGUCUACGUCAUGUGGAACAACGUUGGGCGCAGCGUGAACCCGGCCCACCCGCACCACGCCGCCCAGAAGCUGACCCUGAAGGUGGUGUACCAGGGCGGCGUCGUCUACGGCCUGGCGUCCGGCGCCCUGGUGCUGGCGGCGGGCGUGGCCGUGUUCGUCCUCUACCAGGUGUGGGUGGGCCAGCAGCGGCUCCGCCCCACCGCCUUCCUCAUCUUCUACGGCUACCACCUGGCCGUCAUGCCCGUCAUGUCGCUGUGCUGCCUGGCGGGGGUGCUGGUCCACCGGCUGGAGAGGAGGGCGGAGGAGGGCGGGCACAACCCCACCCGCAGCCUGGACGUCACGCUGCUGGUGGCGGCGGCCCUGGGCCAGCUCGCCCUGUCCUACUUCUCCCUGGUGGCAGCCCUGGCGGUGGGGACCGACGGGCCAAUCGGGAGCCUCGACCUGUCCUACUCCGUCCUCAGCCUCCUGGAGCUCAUCUUGCAGAACAUCUUCAUCAUCGAGGGCCUCCACAGGCACCCGAGCCCGCUGGCCAAGAAGAAGGGGCGGCGGCGGAGGGACAUGUUCCAGCUUAAGAAGAAGGUUGCAGCGCCAACGAAAGAGGAGAAGACAACGAAUAUUUCACUGCUGGAUGGCGCCGCGCCACAUGCUGCCAUAGAGCAUGAUGGGAAAACCCCUUGGACCAAAAGAGCGAUACAAGAGAUCUGUGCUUUCCUCAUCCUGUCUAACGUCAUGCUGUGGGUCAUCCCCGCCUUCGGAGUCCACCCUCAGUUUGAGAACGGACUCGGGAAGCAGUUCUUCGGCUUCUCGCCGUGGUUCGUUCUGGUGAACUUGGGUCAGCCGCUUGGCGUCUUCUACCGGAUGCACUCGGUGGGAGCUUUGAUGGAGCUGCUGAUCGCUGCGUGAGGCCUGAAAGAUGCUGAAGAUGUCAAGAGAUUCAGGGGGGAAAACAUUUUAGAAACAAUGUGGUUAAUAGAGUAAGAGGAGGAAAGAGGAAGAGGAAAUGACUACUUCUGUGUAGUGACCAGCAGGGGGCGACUCCUCUGCUCCCAUAGACGUCUAUGAGGAAAUGACUACUUCUGUGUAGUGACCAGCAGGGGGCGACUCCUCUGCUUCCAUAGACGUCUAUGAGGAAAUGACUCUACUUCUGUGUAGUGACCAGCAGGGGGCGACUCCUCUGCUUCCAUAGACGUCUAUGAGGAAAUGACUCUACUUCUGUGUAGUGACCAGCAGGGGGCGACUCCUCUGCUCCCAUAGACGUCUAUGAGGAAAUGACUACUUCUGUGUAGUGACCAGCAGGGGGCGACUCCUCUGCUCCCAUAGACGUCUAUGAGGAAAUGACUCUACUUCUGUGUAGUGACCAGCAGGGGGCGACUCCUCUGCUCCCAUAGACGUCUAUGAGGAAAUGACUCUACUUCUCUCUUGAUUUAUUCCCUCAGUAAACAUUGUAAACAUGAGUUUAUGGUCUCAGUCUCUAGUUUCAAGUCUUCAUCAAUGCAGCAUGAUGUUCAUUUAGCGAAUGAUGGUCCAUUUAGAGUCAAACAGACCAUAAAGCAGGGGAUGCUUUAGGGCGGGGCUGAACACUGAUUGACAGGUGCAAGAAAUAUCCGUUUCCUUCUUACAGCUCAACUCUUUCACAUUUUCAGAGUCCCACUAAUUCCAACAUUUUGUUUGCAUUCACAUUUCUUAUUCAGCAUUUAGCUGUAAUUAGAUGUGACCUUUUG